GCGGCAACUUUGGACAGAUUGAUUCUUCUCCCGCCCCGCUAAUCAUUUCUAGCCAUGUCAAGCCCCGGCUGACCGCGAGAGAGCGGACGCCGCAUUUAGACGACUGCACUCGGCCUUUUCCGUUGGUCACGUGAUUCCAGUCGACAACGUUCAGGCGUCGUAAACAAAAAGCCGUCCGUUAACUUUAAAGGCACCGAGCGGCGUCAUUUAGCGGCUAAAAUAGAAUAUAGUCUCGUCUUUUGUGGCAUAUAUUUGUCCGUUUUUGUCCUGAACCGACGGGAACGUCUAGUUAAAUCGCUGGAACUCAGUUUCUGUAGAAACUCCAUUAACCAUGAGCCCCUGGGGCUGAUUUAAGUCACGGGUUUAGCCGACCUCAAUGUGCUGCUGAGAUUCUGAUCAUUCCGCUGACUGUUGCUGGGCUGCGUUCAGCAGAUGGACAGAUCUGACAGCUGAGUCUUCAAAGUUCUGAUGGGACCCGAACUUAACGCCUGCUGAAACUGGGUCGAUAGCUUCACCUCACCAACAUGCAGAUGACCUUUGAGGCGUCGAGCAGCGUGAAGCUACUCUUUGACCUCUGGGAUGUCCAUGGCCCUGUAGGUAUGGUGCUGUCAGUGUUUGUCGUCCUGCUGCUGACCGUCUUCUUUGAAAUCCUCAAAGUGUGGCGGUUGUGGCUGAGCAGCAGCUCCAAGCUGGCUCAGUCUGCGUCUGCGUAUGCCGCCACUCCAUCCGGACGUACAGAGAGCUGCUCCGUGCUGGACGCCAGCCCCUCAGAGUCCUCGCUGACCUCCCAGCCUCUGAGCACCAGGAACAGGUGGCUGCUGCACAUCAUCCAGACAUGCCUUCACAUCCUGCAGGUCACUCUAGGCUACAUGCUGAUGCUCUGCGUCAUGUCUUACAACAUCUGGAUCUUUCUUGGCAUCAUCCUGGGCUCUGCGCUCGGAUAUUUCAUCUCCUUCCCUCUGCUGGGGCAGAUGUCUCUGUAUGGCCAACCCAGACACUGAGGUUAAAGAACUUCCUCAUCCUGGAGAGGUGAAAAGAUCACCUCCUCUGGACAGUGGCUGAAAAGUCACUUUCUUUGGACCUCGCUGCAUGUGUGCAGAGAGCAGGUCAGGGUGGACAUGAUCACAAAUAAUGUGAUUCAUCUGACUGCAGAGCUGAUGAGCUCUAGGGGUUAACAGAGACUGUGUGUGUGUGUGUGUGUGUGUGUGUGUGUGUGUGUGUGUGUGUGUGUGGUGGGGGAAAACAGCUUCUGCUGGCUUUUACUCCUCUGUGUUUAGUCAACAAAAGCUGAAAAACCUGCAGCAGAUGGCGGUAACUUUUCUAGUUUGAGCUACAGUAAAACCACAUUAUGGUCAGAAAUCUGCGUUUUUCCAACUGAUUGUUUAGAAAGGGGAUAUUUUUUCUGUUUCUUGUGUGUUAGAAUGAAAGUUUCUGUGUUUGUUGCAGAGUUUGAGUGAAACUCUCAGAACAGCAGAGCUGCUAAUUGAGGAAACGACUCUUGUAAUGUUUAGCCUGGAAACUCCUCAGAUGGAUGCGAUGACUCAUUUUGGUCAUCAGUUUGUCUCAUGCUCCAUUUAUUUUUUUUCCUUCUGACAGAAAACUGAGGUUGUCAGAAACCUGUCGUAAGCAAAAAAGUCUGUUGAAAACCUUGUAAUCAGUCUUUGUGAUUCACUCUUUGCAGGUUUGUUUGAAUGAAGAAUAAAGAUUAAAGCUGCUGAA